AUGAUCUUUGUUGUUCAUAACGCAUACGCGGAAAAACAGUUCUAUCAGUGCAGAUUGUGCGAUUUUGUUAUCGAUUCAGAGUCGCGAUUGAAAAAUCAUAUGCUGUACAAUGAGCAGCCGCGAGGUUCUUCAACAUUAUACGAGAAGACGUCAGCGAUCGAUAGCGCGUUAAGCUUCCUGGGUUCCGAUGCUGUGGUUUCCCUCAUCAGUCGCCUUCCGGCAUACCUGACAGUGCAGUUCGUCCGGUUUCAGUACAAGGGAAAGGAAGGAAUCAACGCCAAGGUGCUGAAGGAUAUUAAAUUCCCGAUAGACUUUGACGCAUUCGAGCUAUGCACUCCGGAACUGCAGGGCAAAUUGUCCCCGAUGCGCGCUAAAUUCAAGGAAGCUGAAGAUGCAGAACUCGAACGAAACCUCAAGGGCAAGAAUAAAAUUCCGCGAGCAAUAGCUAAUGAGUUUUAUUUCGCAGACUUGGGUAGCAACAACAGCGGUUAUUAUACGUUGCAAGCAGUGUUGACUCACCAGGGAAGGUCGAGCUCUUCGGGUCACUAUGUGGGAUGGGUCCGUCAGAAGGGUGAUCAGUGGAUCAAGUUCGAUGACGAUUAUGUGUCGCCUGUGGACACGGAUGCGAUUCUGAAGCUGUCCGGAGGUGGUGAUUGGCACUGUGCUUACGUCUUGGUGUACGGACCAAAACUGUUGGAGAUACCGGUCGAGGAGGAAAAGACUGCUACCGAUGCUGCCGGAGGAGAUGCCACCGCGACGACGGAGGCAGGUUCGGCUGAGAAAAUGGCUGUUGAUUAG